AUGCGGGAUUCCUGCGAUGGGAGCGUCCACUCAGGUGGGGCAGGGGCUCUCGCCGUCUCGCGGCCUGGAGGCGUGCGGUCCACGUCUGGUUGCCGCGUGGAGUUGACACCAGAUGGGGCCGCCACGAUUUGGUUCUGGCUCUUUUUACAUCGGCAUGCGCUGGUGGAAGUGGUGUUCCCUGAACCUGAAGCAGCUGGUUUUGAUGCUACUGCUGACCCAAGUGCUGCUGCUGCUGCCUCAGCCUCAGCUGCUCCAGAUAACGCUACUGCAUCCCUAGUAGCUAAAGCCAUAGCUGAACUGCCAGCAAAUCUUGCUGCCCUAGCUCAAGAUCCUAAGAGGAAGGCUCGCUCUAAAGACCCGGGAUGGAAGUAUGGGUUCUGGCCAGAAUUAGGGAAGAAGGAAUCGGUGCAAUGCAUAUUCUGCAAAAAGAUAGUAACUGCAGGAAUUAAAAGAUUCAAGCAGCAUCUUGCUGGGGGUUAUGCUGAUGCAGAGAAGUGUCCAAAAACACAAAAGUACUCCAACUCAGUGAGUUCCAUGCUUUGCAAGGCACCGGAAGAAGUAGUUGCAAAAAGGCAUAAAUCCAAGACUUCUCAACCCACUCUUGAGCACCGCACAAAGAAGAGUAAAGAGGCCAAACAGACUGUUGAUGAUUAUGUUGCUGAUUUCUUCUAUGAGAAUGGCAUACCAUUCAAUGCCAUUAACUCAAGAAGUUGGGAGAUUAUGCUUGAGUCCAUUGGGCAAUAUGGUCCUGGGUACCGGUCACCUUCAUAUCAUGAAAUUAGGGGUCCAUUGCUUGAUAGGGCAGUGAAAAAGACAAUGGAAUUCCGAAAGAGGCAUGAAGCGGCUUGGAAGGAAUACGAUUGCACACUCAUAUCCGAUGGGUGGACUGACACGAGCUACCGCCAUCUCAUCAACUUUCUUGCCAAUAGUCCAGCGGGAACCUUCUUCAUAGGCUCAGUGGAUGCUUCAAGUGAGGUAGUUGAUGCAAAUAUGUUAGCAGACUUGUUGGAGAAACAAAUUGAGAAGGUUGGGAAGGAAUAUGUUGUUCAGAUUAUCACAGACAAUGGAUCCAACUACAAAGCAGCAGGAAGAAUUUUAAUGGAGAGGAUCCCAACUUUGUUUUGGACACCUUGUGCUGCUCACUGCUUGGAUUUGAUGUUGGAGGACAUUGGAAAGAUACAUGAAUUCAACAAAUGCAUUAAUAAUGCAAAGAAGGUGUGCAGAUUUAUCUACAAGCAUGGGAGGGUUCUUGAUCUAAUGAGAGAUAAGAUAGGUAAAGAUCUUGUGAGGCCUGCUGUAACACGCUUUGCUACCUCAUUUCUCACAUUGGCAAGCAUGUAUAAGAACAGGAAUGGUCUAAGAAAUCUAUUUGUUAGUGAGGAGUGGCAACAUAGCAGCUUGUCUAAUCCUGGAACUGAAGGGGGGAUGGUUGAGAGAAUUAUCCUUUCCAUGCCUUUUUGGACUUCAUUGGAAAAUUGCAUGAGAGCAUCACAACCACUUCUUAUUGCUGUGAGGAUAGCAGAUGAUGAUAAGACACCUGCAGCUCCUGAGAUCAUGGCAGCCAUGGAUACUGCAAGGAACAGCAUCAAGGAUUCUUUGAGAGGAAAACCACAAUUACUCCAUGAGAUGGUGACUGAUGAUGAUGAACAAAGCAAGAUAAGCAGGCAAGCUGAUGAUUAUGAGAGGUCAGAAGUUCAUUGGUGGGGUGCAUAUGGUGGCCUUGCAUUUGAGCUCCAAAGUUUAGUAAACCGAAUCAUUAGUCUUUGUUGUUCAUCAUCCGGAUGUGAGCGCAAUUGGAGUGCAUUUGCUCAUAUCCAUACCAAAAAGAGAAACCGGUUAGAGCACAGGAGGUUGAACAAGUUGGUGUUUGUUAGCUACAAGUGGAAGAUGACAAAUAGGUUUCAGAAGAUACGAGAGCUCGCUUCCAAAGGAAAGAAAUACAAUCCGUUAGUCCUAGAAGAAUUCCAGUGGAAGAAUGAGUGGGUUGAUGGCAGUUGUGAACAAGUUCAUCAGGGCCUUGCAGCUGAUAGCAAUGAUAUAACUUGGGCUCAAGUUGAUGAAGAUGUUGGUGCAACUCAGGGUCUGAGAGGUCGUAAUUUGCCUAGGGCUGCUGCUGCUCAUGCUAUGCCUACUACUACUAAGUUUAUCUCUAUCAGACAUAUUUAUGGUAGGAAAAGGAAGAAUGCAAGGACAGCUGCAACUGAAGAUAUCGUUGAAGAUGAAGAAAACAAUGAACAUGAUGAGGGAGAUGAAGAUUUUGUGCAGCCACAAGGUUCACAAGGUGAAUCUGAUCAAGCAAUGGAGGAGAAUGAAGAUGAUGGUGAAGGGGGCUUCCAAUUGGAUGAUGAUCUACUGCUUUAG